AACAGACACCCACACAUGACUCUGAAACCUUUUGCUUUAUAUGAGAGUUUGGCAGAUGGCUGCAAAAGCAGUAAAAGAGUCUAAAACAAUCCGUGAGGUCGUGUUGGGCUUCUUAGAGGAGGCAGAAUUAUGGCAACUUCUUAGCGACCAGUUUCCAAGUAAAGUCGGAGGGAGACCUGCGUGGUUACGCCAGGUGGAUUUGCCAACGGUGUCUGAGUUACAGUGUGAGAAGUGCAAACUCCCAACAGUGUUUCUUCUGCAGGUGUAUGCGCCUGUUAAGGAAUAUGAUCGAUGCUUUCACAGAACACUAUUUGUGUUCUGCUGUAAGACACCAGCCUGCUAUACAAGAAAUGACAACAAGUGUUUAAAAGUGUUCAGAUGUCAACUGCCAAGAAAAAAUGACUUUUACCCUUUUGAUCCACCUUCUGAUGAGAAGCCAGACCACGCAGUGGAUGAACAUCAGGUUCUGAAAUCUGGGCUCAAAUUGUGCAGACUGUGUGGCUGUCUGGGACAGAAAGCCUGCUCUCGAUGUCACUCUGUCACAUACUGCAGUAAAGAGCAUCAGACCAUAGAUUGGAAACAACGGCACAAGAAAGAAUGUUCAAAUGAGGCUUCUCAAACUUCAGAGGAGCUUAAUUCAUUUCUCUUUCCUGAGUGGGAGCUGGUUACCGAACCGGAAGAGCUUCCAGCAACAGAUGAGGAACACCAUGAAUCCCACAGUUUGGAUCAAGAGAACAUGGCGUGCUUAAAUAACGAUUUGGAGGACAGUGAGCUAGAGAGUAUGGCGUUUCAUGAAACACAAGACGCUAAAGUGUUUCAGAAGUUCAAGAAGCGAAUUGCUAAAGACCCACAACAGGUUUUGCGGUAUUGUAAAGAAGGAUCUCCUCUGUGGGUGUCAGCUGAACAUGUGCCACGUGAUGAGGAAGUUCCAGAAUGUCCAUGUGGUGCUAAACGUCUCUUUGAAUUUCAGAUCAUGCCUCAGUUACUUAAUCACCUCAAAGUGGAUAGGACAGAUGCCAGCAUAGACUGGGGGACAGUGGCCAUCUACACAUGUGCCGACAGCUGCGACCAAGGCACCAAAUAUUCUGCAGAGUUCAUCUGGAAACAAGACUUUUCAGGAGAUCAAACAGUGUAGAAUUAGUCCAUGCAUAUGAACUAUUAUUUAGACUUAUAUAAUAAAGAAAUGUGAACAAUAAAGGAUUGGUUCUUUUGAGGCACCCA